AUGGUCUUUAUACCAAAUAUUUCUACUAAAGACCUUUUAACAUUUUUUCUGCGUCCAAGGAGAAAAAUUGUCCUUAUAGUAGUUGGUGUAGUAUGGAUUACAGUGAUCACCACAUUGUAUCGAUACUUCAAUUCCACAUAUGAACCAUUCCAAGGACACCAUGCUUAUGAAGGGUUAGCUCGUCCUGAUCCUAAUAGAGUUCAAGAAGAAGCUAAUCGUGCUGCAGCCACCGUGAAAGAAAACCUUCUAGAUGAUGUUUCCAUACAACUCUAUCAAUCUCAAAAUAACAUAAAGGAUGUCCGUAAUAUUGAUGCUCAUUCCUCGGUAUAUGAUACCAUUUUUGCUAAUCAUGAAGUAAAUUCAGUUCUUGGUGAAUUGUCCUUUAGUGAACGUUGUGAUUUAUAUUUUACCAAUCUUUAUGCAAUCAAUCCAACUUGGUAUCUUGACCCAAACGUUGACGUCCCCUUGGAAAAUAGAGACGGUUUCAAAUACAAAGAUUUUUAUAAUCGUAAAAAAAAUGAAUUGAAGGAAGCAAUUGCAAAAGAGAAAAACAUUGCAAAUAAAGAUGAAGUUAAAGAAGAUGAUGAAUUUGAAAAAAGAAUGAAAGAAGAUUAUGAUAGAUUCUGGGCCAAGACUCAGAAAACUGAACAAACCAUUGUAGAUUAUUUGUCUCAUUUGAGAAUCUACAAUAAAUGUUAUGUGACCAGAGAUAACAAAAUUGAGAAGAAAAGACUUGAUACAUUUAUUACUAAUCAAAAGAAAUUUAUUUCUGCACUUACUGAGUCUUCAAAGAUUAAUAGAAAGGCUAAAUUUUCCUAUUCAAGAGAAGAAAAGCUUUUAAAUGUUGACAGUUUUAAAACUUGUUCAAAUUUAGAGUCUAAGAUUUAUCCAUGGCUCUCAAUGUCAUAUCCAAUUUUUGAAAGAUUUUCUGGAGAAAGAUUUUUACUGCCACCUCAAAUGAAAGAUUUCUUGCCAAGACUGACUCCUUCAUUUGUAUUUGCACCUUCUCAUGAAGAUGCUCAUUAUGGUAAGGGUAAAGGAGGUAAAAUUUCAUCUAGAAUUACCAACAAUAAUAAAGGAUGUUUCUUACAACAUUUCAAGAACUCUCUUAACGGAAAGGGUAUUGUCUUAUCAAUCGCUGAUAAGCAUGUGGAUGAUACCGUAAGGUUAAUUUCAUUGCUUAGAGCCCUCAACAAUCGUUAUCCGAUUCAAAUUGUUUACAAUGGUGGCCUCUCAGAUGAAUCCAAAUAUCUUAUAAAUAUGGCUGCCCGUGAACCAUUUAAGUCUUUCCCAUCUUCAUUUAAAGAUGUUGAACAAUAUUUCCCCAAGGAUUAUUUGGAUCCAAAAGAUCAUGGAUUACCAAAACAAGAAGUUUGGUUUGUUAACGUUCAAAACGUUAUUCAAGAUCAAUAUAAAAAUAAAUUUGGCGGGUUUAGUAAUAAAUUCCUUGCAGCUAUGUUCAACUCUUUUGAAGAAUAUCUUCUUGUUGAUGCUGACACAGUUAUUGUUCAAAACCCUGAUUUUUUCUUCAAUUUGAAAAAUUAUAAAUCAAAGGGGGCUUAUUUCUAUAAAGAUAGAGCUGCUCCACAUUUCAGAACUAUGAGUGAUUGUACGUUCUUUAAGAAGAUCACCCCAUCUAUUGUAGAUCAAGUUGUUUUCGAUUUACCUAUUAUUACAAAGAAAUCACUAGAUUUAGAUUUUUUCGAUGGGAUGUUUUACUACAUGGAAAGUGGAUUGGUUGCUAUCAAUAGAAACUUACAUUUCAAUGCCAUUAUGAUGAUGAUUCAAAUGAAUUUCUACCCACCAGUAUCUGCAAGAGUUUAUGGUGAUAAAGAAAUCUUUUGGUUGGGAUUUUUGGCUGCAGGUGAAGAAAAUUUCCACUUUAAUGAUUAUUGGGCUGCUUCAAUCGGGGAAGAAACUGAUAUGUCAGCAAGGGUAACUGAUAAGAACCCAAAGACUUUCAAAUCCAAAGAAAUUUGCGCAGCACAUCCAGGACAUGUUUCUAGUGAAGAUGGAAAAACUCUUGUAUGGUUCAAUUCAGGAUUCAGAUUUUGUGGACAAUCUAAAGUGGUCAAAUAUGAUAGGGAAAUUAAAGAAGGUAGAAGAUUCCCAUUCCUUAAAACCGAAGCUGAUAUGAGAGCAUUUUACACCAAUAGGGCUAAGAUUAGACAUGCAGUGAUCCCCCCAUUCAAGAACAAGUUUGAAACAUUGUGUGAGAAUGAAGACGGAGAACCAAAAGAGGCAUGGAAGAUGGAUGGAGGAUAUUGUAAUUCAUACUUGUGGUGUGCAUAUUCCCAAAUUGGUGGUACCACUAAAGAUGGUGGUGACAAUACUCAAAAAGGAACUUUUAUUGAAUUCGAUAAGAAAUCAGUAGACUUAUUCACCUACUAUGGAGACAUAUGGGUUGGAAAUGAGUGA